AUGUUGGAUAAAGCCAAGACACUUCAGCCUGCCUAUGUUGGGAUUGUGCCGCUUGCAGAGGCUGUGUCAAAGCAAGGGAAGAGCUGUUCAAGCACAUAUCAGGAUUCAUACCACAGCUUACGAGAAGUGCUGCAGUUGAAGCUCCAGCAGCGACGCACACGGGAGGAGCUGGUGAGCCAAGGGAUCAUGCCACCUCUGAAAAGUCCAGCUGCAUUUCAUGAACAAAGAAGGAGUUUGGAGCGGGCCAGGACAGAGGACUAUCUGAAACGAAAAAUCCGGUCCCGGCCAGAGAGAUCAGAGCUGGUUAGGAUGCACAUUUUGGAAGAGACCUCAGCUGAACCCUCCUUGCAGGCUAAGCAGCUGAAGCUAAAGAGAGCCAGGCUGGCAGAUGACCUCAAUGAGAAGAUAGCGCAGAGGCCAGGUCCUAUGGAGCUGGUGGAGAAGAACAUCUUGCCUGUGGAAUCAAGCCUGAAGGAAGCUAUUAUAGUUGGACAGGUGAACUACCCAAAGGUUGCAGACAAUUCCUCCUUUGAUGAGGACAGCAGUGAUGCCCUCUCCCCAGAACAGCCAGCCAGCCAUGAGUCCCAGGGGUCUGUCCCAUCACCAAUGGACUCCCGGAUUUGUGAGCCUCUCCCUAGCACCACUGGCACAUCACUAGCUCAGGGUACAUCCCAAUUGCAGAUUAGCGCAGACUCCAGUGAAACACUUUUCUUACCUGAACAGCCACCCCCACCUCUGCCACCUCCACCUCUUCUGUCUCCUAGUCUUACCAAUGGAGCGACUCUUACUGCUGCCAAGCCCCCACCAACACUCAUUAAGCAAAGCCAGCCCAAGUCUGCUAGUGAGAAGUCCCAGCGCAGUAAAAAAGCCAAGGAGUUGAAGCCGAAAGUCAAGAAGCUUAAAUAUCAUCAGUAUAUUCCCCCGCACCUAAAGCAGGACAAGGGAGCUCCUCCCAUGGAUUCCUCCUAUGCCAAAAUUCUCCAGCAGCAGCAGCUCUUUCUCCAGCUUCAGAUCCUCAACCAGCAGCAGCAGCAGCACUACAACUAUCAGACCAUCCUGCCAGCUCCACCAAAGCCUCCAGGAGAGCAGCAGAGUGGUGCCAGUGCCCCUGCUGUACGCAGUCUCUCUGCCACAGUCAGCAGCACAUCUUCCGUGUCCUCUGGUUCCAGCGGGCUGAUGCGACAAAACAGCAAUGCUGCUGUGGGCAAGCCUGGCCCUCUCCCUGCCAACCUAGAUGAGAUGAAGGUAGCAGAGCUGAAGCAAGAGCUGAAGUUGAGGGCCUUGCCUGUCUCAGGUACAAAGACAGGUCUGAUUGAGCGUCUGAGAGCUUAUGAAGAGCAGAACGGUGCAGCCAGCCAAACAACCUCCACUCCCAAGCCCAGCACGGCUGCCAGGCUGAGCACGGGGCCAGCCCUGGUCACCACUGGCAUUGCACCAGCAGAAGUCGUUGUGGCCACAGUCACCAGUGGCGCUGUGGUGAAGUUUGGCAGCACAGGCUCGACUCCUCCUGUUUCUCCAACUCCUUCUGAUCGCUCGCAAAUAAGCACAGGGGACGAGAACUCAGCCACUGGAGACACCUUUGGAGAGAUGGUGACUUCACCCCUGACCCAGCUCACCUUGCAGGCAUCUCCAGUGCAGUUCCUGGUGAAGGAAGAAAGCUCCAAGUCCAUCUCCUGCAGCGUAAAUGCACCCAGGUCGGAGCGGUGCAGCACUGGGAACAGCAGAGAUGCAGAAGUUAGGGACAAAGACCAGAUGCUGCAGGAAAAGGACAAGCAGAUCGAGGAGCUCACCCGCAUGCUGAAGCAGAAGCAGCAGCUGGUUGAGAUGCUUAGGCUACAGCUAGAGCAGGAGAAGCGCUCUCAGCAGUCGCUGCCAGCCCCGGCGGCUGCGGGAGAAGGAGCAGCCCUUGCCUCCACCCCGGCAGCAUUUGGCACCCAAGUCAAGAUUGAAAACGGUUUCCUGAGUUGCCAGUCUGCAAAGCAAUCCAGUGGCCAAACAGACCAGUUCAGCCCUGCCCCAACCACCAGCCAAAUGGACACUUCGAAUCCAAGCCCAGUGCCAAAGAAAGCCGUGAUGGUGAAGCAGGAGGUGCCAGCUGCAGAAGCAGAGCCGCCGUGCCAGUCCCACAGCCCGCGGCUUUUCCUUGGCCAGCAAGGAAGCGCCCUGAGCGACCUCAUCAAGGGCACCCCUCCCCCCACCCUCAUCACCGACUCCACAGGGACCCACAUCGUCCUCACCGUGACCAAGCAGAGCGCUGAGAGGCAGGGCCUCUCGCCCCACGGGAAGGCAGGGAGUAGCUGCCCAGCCUUGCAGAGAGUACAAUCAUCACCCGCUAAAACUUCCAGCCAACCACCGACUCAGCUACCUGCAAGCACCCCUCAGCAGCCCACGCAGCAGCAGAAGCAGCAGCAGCAGCAGCCCCUGCAGCAGGAGCAGCCUGGAGGACUAAACCCAUCUGUCAUAAAGCCCUCAUCACAGCCCGGCUCUCCUGCUGCCCCUUCCACAUCCCAGAUGGACCUGGAGAAGCAACAGCACACGCCGCUUUUUGGAACUACUCCACCUCCUCUCCCUGUUCCCUCGGUCCCAAUGAAAGAGCCACCAGGCUAUGAGGAGGCCAUGAAGCAACAGCCAAAGGCUCAGGAGAACGGCUGUGCCAGCCAGCAGAUGGACGACCUGUUUGACAUUCUGAUUGAAAGUGGAGAGAUUUCUGCUGACUUCAAGGACGAGUCAUCCCCAGCUGGGAAAGAACCGCCUGCAGCCCCAGCCUGCCCCUCACCGCCCAGCAGCCACCCUUCCUCAGAGCUGGUGGUGCCGGUGUCCCUGGGGCAGCAGGUGCCUGUGGGCCGGCUGGAGGACUUCCUGGAGAGCAGCACGGGCCUCCCGCUGCUGACGGCAGGCCACGAUGGGCCAGAGCCCCUGUCCCUGAUUGAUGACCUCCACAGCGAGAUGCUGAGCAGCUCAGCCAUCCUGGACCACCCGCCUUCACCUAUGGACACCUCGGAAUUGCACUUUGCUCACGAGCCAUCUGGGGGCAUAGCCCUGGAUCUGGCCGAGGCUAACUUGGACAGCAUGGACUGGCUGGAGCUGCCAGGGGGGCCCGUGAUGAGCCUGGCUCCCCUUAGCACCGCAGCUCCCAGCCUCUUUUCCACAGACUUCCUUGAUGGACACGAUCUGCAGCUGCACUGGGAUUCUUGCUUGUAACUCUGUGAGCAGAGACUGAAGGGAAUGGGAGUGGGAGGGCAAGGGCAUGCACGGGGGAAGAGGCCAGUCAACCAAAAAAAACCAAGAAA